AUGUCGAUAUACUUGCAUUUUUUUAAUGAAACUUUUUUUUUUUCCCCCAACCCCUUCCAGGCUACUGUUCCCCUGAGUCACCUUAUCAAUGCCUUUCAUUCACCAAAAAGCUCCACCACAACAGCCAAAGCAGCUUCUGUACAGCCUGUCCAGAGGGACACCACCCCAGAACAUGAUCCUCAAAGCAGUGAGCCUGUCUUCAGUUUAAGAGAUCUGGGAUUGUCUGAUUUUAAACCUAACCAGUUCAAAGAACUAGUGAACAGGCUGCUUCCUGGCUAUUGUACCGAGAAGAAAGUUUCCUCCCAGUGGCAUACAUCCUACGUCUCUGCAGAGUCCUUCUUUGAAAAUAAGCAUGGUUUUGUGGAUGUUUUUAGUACUUUACGCUCAUCUUUAUUAUACAGACAGCAUCCCAAUCCCCUCCAAAGUUUGUCUUCAGAUCUGCGGUGUUGGCCAGUUUACAUACAAUCCCGAGGUUUUAAGACUUUGAGAUCCAGAGCAAGACGUCUGCAGUCAACAUCUGAGCAGUUCCCAGAAACAAAAAAUUCACUUUCUUCGCUUCUGAAGAGUUUCAUCCUGAGAAAGCGAAGAAUUGAUGUUGAAAACUUGGAUAUGUUAAUGAAAACAAAAAACAUCCCAGAGGCACAUCAGGAUGCUUUUAAAACUGGUUUUGCAGAAGGCUUCUUGAAAGCACAGGUAUUCCUACAAAAAACACUUGAUUCCUUAAGGAGGUCACGGUUGCUUUCUUUCUUUCUCUUCAUCCUUUGUUUUUAUCUUGCCGUAUAUUCCUCAUUUUUACCUGGGAAAGGCUCCUUUUCUGAUGCUGUACGUUUUCGAACAUCAAGCACUUUUGAUGCAGCAGUUGAUCCAAUUCAGCUGAAAAAUGUCACCUUUGAACAUGUAAAGGGGGUUGAAGAAGCUAAACAGGAAUUGCAGGAGGUUGUAGAAUUCUUGAAAAACCCCCAUAAAUUUACUGUGCUAGGGGGCAAACUUCCAAAAGGUAUUCUGUUAGUUGGGCCGCCUGGUACUGGUAAAACUCUUCUUGCACGAGCUGUGGCUGGUGAAGCUGAUGUGCCCUUCUACUAUGCAUCCGGGUCAGAGUUUGAUGAAAUGUUUGUUGGUGUAGGAGCUAGUCGCAUCCGAAGCUUAUUCAGGGAAGCAAAAGCAAAUGCACCUUGUGUUAUAUUUAUUGAUGAGUUGGACUCUGUUGGUGGGAAGAGAAUUGAAUCUCCAAUGCAUCCUUACUCAAGACAGACUAUUAAUCAACUUCUUGCUGAAAUGGAUGGCUUUAAACCCAAUGAAGGUGUUGUUAUUAUUGGUGCAACAAACUUUCCUGAAGCACUAGAUAAUGCUUUAAUACGUCCUGGUCGCUUUGACAUGCAAGUUACUGUUCCGAAGCCAGAUGUAAGAGGCCGUACAGAAAUUUUGAAGUGGUAUCUUAAUAAAAUAAAGUAUGAUCCAUCUGUUGAUCCAGAAAUAAUUGCGCGAGGCACAGUAGGAUUUUCUGGGGCAGAACUUGAGAAUCUUGUAAAUCAAGCUGCCUUAAAGGCAGCUGUUGAUGGAAAGGAUAUGGUAACCAUGAAAGAACUGGAGUUCUCCAAGGACAAAAUUCUGAUGGGUCCUGAACGUAGAAGUGUAGAAAUUGAUGAAAAGAACAAAACAAUCACAGCUUACCAUGAAUCGGGACACGCCAUCAUUGCCUAUUACACUAAGGAUGCAAUGCCAAUCAACAAGGCAACAAUCAUGACACGAGGAACAACGCUUGGACAUGUAUCUUUGCUUCCAGAAAAUGACAGAUGGAGUGAGACUAGAUCCCAGUUGCUUGCCCAGAUGGAUGUCUGCAUGGGAGGAAGAGUAGCAGAAGAGCUCAUAUUUGGAAGUGACCACAUCACAACAGGUGCUUCCAGUGAUUUUGACAAUGCUACUAGAAUUGCGAAGCUGAUGGUGACUAGAUUUGGAAUGAGUGAAAAGCUUGGUGUUAUGACCUAUACUGAUACGGGGAAAGUUAGCCCUGAAACUCAGUCUGCAAUUGAACAGGAAGUGAGAACGCUUUUAAGGGACUCAUAUGAGCGUGCAAAGAGCAUCUUGAAGACUCAUGCGAAAGAACACAAGAAUUUAGCAGAAGCUUUACUGAAAUACGAGACUUUGGAUGCCAAAGAAAUCCAAAUUGUUCUAGAGGGGAAAAAAAUAGAAAUAAGAUGAUAACAUCCUUCAUACAGUAACUGCUAAUUUGAAGAAUGUACAUCUAGCAAUGCAGUAGUCCUAUGCAGCAUAGCUUUUUUUCCCCUACCUGAUGCGUGUAUGGCAUUAGUGACACUUUAAGAUUACUCUGCAGUCUCUUGUCAGCUUCUGUUCCUCAACUAUUUGUUCUGUCCCUUCAAACUAAGACACAAAA